AAUCAAACCCACCGCCAAAUCUGUCACCUGCCUCCGCCACCGCCACCCAAACCCUAGCCCCAGGGGCGGCGCCAUGUCCGCCGCAACCGCCGCCGUCCUAGUGGCCACUGCGGCGGCCUCCGUCGCCGCCGCGGAGUCCCCGGGGCCGCGCGGCAACGAGUCGGUCGUGCUGGGCAUCUCCAUCUUCAUUUCCAUCUUCUUCCCCAUCUUCAUCGUGCUCCUCGCCUUCGCCUGCCUCCACCUGUUCCGGCCCCCCCGCGACGACGAUCCGACCGCCCCGGACGCCUCCCCCUCCGCGUCGGCGUCGGAGUGGUCCCGCCGCAGGGGCGGGCUCGACGCGGCCGCGAUCGCCGCCCUGCCGCUGGUGUUCUACCGCGAGGUGAGGAGCCACCGGGUCGUGGACGGGCGCGACGACGCGCUCGAGUGCUCGGUCUGCCUCCUCGAGUUCGACGACGACGACGCGCUCCGCCUCCUGCCGACGUGCCCGCACGCGUUCCACCCGGAGUGCAUCGCCCUCUGGCUGGAGAGGCACGCCACCUGCCCGCUCUGCCGCGCCAGCGUCCACGACUCGCCGCCGGCUCCGGAGCAGCUGGAGCUCCAGCCGAUGCCGCCGCCGCCGCCGCUGCAGUCGCCCGAAGCUUCCCCUGUUCACGCGACUGUCGUGGUGAUCGGCGAAGCCGGCUCCAGCGAGGAGGUGGAGGAGGAGGAGGACUGGGACACGAUCCAGCGCCUCGCGAGGAACCGCCGCGCGGCGGGGCGGCAGGCGCUGCCGCGGUCCAACUCGACGGGGCACGGCGGCGGCGCCAGCGACGGCGGGAUGGAGCGGUUCGCGCUGCGGCUCCCGGAGCACGUGCGCACGGAGAUCCUCAUGUCGCACAGGCUGAGGCACGUGACGAGCGCGGUGGCGUCCGUGCGCGUCAGGGAGGGCAGCGCCCACGAAGCCAGUACGAUGGGUGGGAGCGUCAGGAACGCCGUGGCGAGGCUGAUGUCGCUCUUUGCGCCGGGCGCCGGUUGGAUGGGAGACGGCGACGACAAGUCCGGCAAGGCAGACGCCACGGGGGCGUCGUCUGUCCGCCGCCGCGAGAACUCAUCGCGUGGAGCAGUGGCUGAAGAGAAGAGAAGCGUCUGAUCGGCAAAGACAGCGAGAGAAGCCUAAAGUCAGGUGCCCAGGUUCAGCGCAAAUGAGUGAUUCUGUCCAAAUCUUCUGAUGAUUCCAUCGAUUCUGUUCCAAAACUCCGUCGAUUCCAUCAGUCUGUUUCAGUAGCAGCGAUGCUUCUUCCAAGAUUGGAGCAUCAGAGUGUAGGUUGCGGAUGCAGUUUU